AUGACCACCCAUAUAGAUGUCACGGAUUAUGUGGAGGCUGAGACGGGGCGUGGCAGCCUGCAGUUUUCAGAUGAGAAGCAACAGGCUCGCUUUGCGCUGGGCGUUUGCAUGUAUGUCUACCGUUGGGAUGCUCUGAGUAUUGCGGUUGAGAACAACUGGGGUGGCCCGCAAUCUGCAGAGAAACGUGACUGGGUGAGUUCUAUUUUGUUAGAUCUAUUUAAGAAUGAGCGGAUAGUGGACGUGACUCUGAUCGAAGAGACUCUACUGUUCGCUAUGGCGGAUGAGUUCGAGACGAACGUGGAGGACGAUUCGGCACUCCCCAUAGCAGCCGGGAUAAUCAACUUAUACCGCCAGUGCGAAGCUGGAAAUUACAAUGAGGUGGACCAGAUGUAUGCUCAGUGGCAGGCGAAUAAGCAGAACCAGACGAGCCGGAAGGUGCAGGUAGUUGCCGACCCACAUAAUCCCGACAUUUCAGAGUCGGAAGACGACGACAACUGCGACGAGGAGGAUGAGGAAAUGGGCGAUGCUGAUGAGGGAGAGGCCCAAGCGCGCCCUGUGCCAGAAUUGGAUGAGGACGGCUUUGAAAUAGUAAAGAAGUCUGGUCGGAGAAGGCACUAA